CCCGUGACUUCCAAAUGUGACUUUAUUUCAGCGACGUUAUUCACGGAGUCAGCGAGGGCGAUGGGCUUGGUCCAAGGCUCGUUUCUGUCCCGAGGGGAGGCUUCAAGCGGCUACCACGUCCACGGGAUUCAAGAUGGCUCCCCUGCAUUCAAGGCCGGUUUGGAGCCAUUUUUCGACUUCAUCAUCUCCAUUGGAAACACAAGACUUAGUAAAGAAGGCGACUUAUUGAAAGACUUGCUGAAGGCCAACGUGGAGAAGGCCGUGAAGCUGCAAGUGUACAACAGCAAGACUCAGCGGGUGAGGGAGCUGGAGGUGACCCCGGGCAACAUGUGGGGGGGCCAGGGCCUCCUGGGGGCCAGUGUCCGCUUCUGCAGCUUUGAGGGGGCCGCUGAAAACGUCUGGCACGUCCUCGACGUCGAGGCCGACUCCCCCGCAGCCUCCGCCGGCCUCGUCCCGCACGUCGACUUCAUCGUGGGAGCUGACCAGCUGUUGCAGAGUACUGAAGACUUCUUUUCUUUAAUUGAAGCCAACGAGGGCAAACGGCUCAAGCUGCUAGUGUACAACACGAAGAGCGAGCGGUGCAGAGAAGUGGAGGUGACGCCCAAUGGAGGUUGGGGAGGAGAAGGAAGCUUGGGCUGCGGUAUCGGCUACGGCUAUUUGCACCGUAUUCCGACCCGUCCGCCUGCGGCCGGCGUUUCGCCGUCUGACGUGGGUGGCAACGAGGUGCCUUUGCUAAGUGGAGAUAAACUUUGUGAGCAGCGCCAUUGUGGAGCCGCCCAAUCGUCAGACUUUGAUUUCUCCUCCAUGCCCCAAAUAUGUCCUGAAUUGGACUCGGAGAAUCAAACGACUGGGCCCGCCCAGGUUGGAGAUCCGAACGAGAGAGACUGUCUCGGUCCUGUCGUCGCCACGGAAACGCGACCCGCCAUCGAGGUGCGACUCGCUGAACCUAUUUUGAACUCUUGAUGUUAAGACGUGCCUGGAAUAAUUGCCAUAGCCAUAUUAGACUUGCAAAAAAAAAAAAAGCUUCUUUAUUGCUGCGUAUGCUAAUUUGCACAUUUUACCUCCAAAGAUUUAAGUUCUUGUCAUGUGGCCAUCCAGUGAGGACACUCACUGCACUGUUUACAAAUCUCAGGCAUUUAUUGUAUCGCCUUUUUGCCUUUUUUCCAACCUGAUUGCUUGCCUACACAUUGCGACGGUUCUCGUGUUUAAUUGUCUAUUGUAAAAUUUAUAAUUAUAGAAUUAUGUCAUUGAUUUUAACAAUGGAUGAAAGAUUAUUUAUUCAACCUUCAGUUACCUGCUAAUUUUAAGCAUAAAUAUGGUAAAUCCGUUUGCAUCAAGGUCUGUCUUUAUGUAUAUGUGUAUUUGCCACACAAAAAUGAUAAAUUAGACAUUUUCACAUUCAUUUUCAACCCCUUUUCACUGCCAAGUCGUUUAACAAAACUCAACAACUCAAGUCAACAUGUGACAAUGGCUUGGCUUUCAAGUUGUCUGCAAUU